AUGGAGGUGAUGCAGGGGCACACCAUAUUGGUGGAGGUGAUGCAGAGGCACACUAUUUUGGUUUGCAAGAGGAAGAUGGUUAUGAAGAUGAUAGAAUUCAUGAUCUGCUUGUUGAUUUGUACAAGUCAGAACCGCAAGGAUUAUGCCAAGGAGAAUAAUUGCCCCAAGUGCAAAGCCUCCAGAUGGAAAGAUGCUGAUGGUAGGAGGCAUAUCCCAGAGAAGGUGCUGAGGCCCUUCCCAUUGAUUUCAAGGCUGCAAAGAAUGUUCCUUUCAAAGCAGCAAUCAAAGGAAGUACAGUGGCACAGACUGAAGCGGCAAGACGUGGAGAAUGAACUCAGUCAUCCAGCAGACGGGGAUGCAUGGAAGGAUUUUGACAAUAUUCAUAAAGACUUUGCCGCUGAUGCCAGGAACAUAAGGCUUGGACUUGCCACGGAUGGUUUUAAUCCCUACGGGAAUAUGAGCAACUCCUACAGCAUGUGGCCUGUAUUCGUGGUGCCAUACAACCUUCCACCGUGGGCAUGUAUGGAUCAGUCCAACUUCAUGCUGACAUUGCUAAUCCCUGGUCCAUCCUCUCCAGGAAAAGAUUUUGAUGUGUUCAUGGAGCCUUUGAUGGAAGAGCUGCAGGAGCUCUGGAAAGGUGUAAAAUCAUAUGAUGCCAAUAGUCCAGACAAGUUUGAUCUCCGUGCUGCAAUCUUAUGGUGCAUUCAUGAUUAUCCGGCACUGCACACAUUGUUAGGGAGGGCCACAUCUGGUUACCAGGCAUGUGUGCGUUGUGACAAAGAGAAUUGCUCCAAGAAAUUAAGGAACAAAAUUUUCUUUAUUGGGCACCACCGUUGGCUUCCUCGGUACCAUCCUUGGAGAAAUAGCGAAGAAUUCAAUGGUGCUUCCGAAAGUCGUGACAAGCCAGCGGAAUUCACUCCAGAUGAGCUGAAGGAACAGCUUGAUAGGGUUAGAGAUGUGAUACCAGGCAAGCUUCAGAAGAAAAGGAAACAUAAGGACGGUCAGUGUUGGAGCCGUAGGUAUUGUUUGUGGGACUUGCCAUACUGGGCAGAUCUAAAGCUGAGGCAUAAUCUCGAUGUAAUGCACAUCGAGAAAAACAUCUGUGACAAUCUGAUUGGUACUUUCAUGAACAUACAAGGCAAGACAAAGGACACUGUGAAUUCAAGGCUUGAUUUGGAAGACAUGAGCAUAAGAGGCGACUUGCAUUUGCAGCCUGCUCCAGAUGAUGAAGACUCUUUUGAUAUGCCACAGGCGUGGUAUACAAUGAGUAAACAAGAAAAAAUUGCAUUUUGUGAAUUCAUAAAAGCUGUGAGGUUUCCAGAUGGGUACGCGUCUAACAUAUCCAAGUGUGUUGCUACUGAUAAGUGCAAGCUUCAAGGGCUGAAGACCCAUGACUGUCAUAUAUUGCUUCAAAGGAUCUUACCGGCUGGCCUGCGAGGAACAAUCCAUGAAGACAUAUAUGCAGCGGUUGGUGAGCUUGGAAAUUUCUUUAGAGAGUUCUGCUGCAAAACACUGAAGAGAGACGUUCUGGACAGACUUGAAAAGGAAAUCGUAGUUAUUCUUUGCAAACUUGAGAGGAUCUUCCCCCCAUCUUUCUUCGACGUGAUGGUGCAUUUGGCCAUCCAUUUACCAAAAGAGGCAAAGCCGGAGGGAUCGAUUGCCGAAGCUUAUAUUGUUGAUGAGUGCCUGGCAUUUUGCUCGAGAUACUUCGACGAUGUUGAAACAAGAUUCAACCGUCCAAGCAGAAAUCCGGAGCGGGAUGAUUCACAUAUUGGUGAUGUGUCUGCUUUCAAACACGAUUGGAAAAUACGAAAUGAUGUCAGUCCUGAUCUCUAUGCUUUGGCGUGCAAACCAGAUUUUAGAGUGAGACUAUAUUCGGCAUGUGUUGUUGACAGUGUUUGGUACCAUACUGUUGACCGCGAGAAGAACAGAAAGACACAAAAUAGUGGAAUCGUUUCUGAGGGAGAUCAUGAUGGCAACAACAUUGACUUCUUUGGUCAGCUCAAAUCCAUCAUCAGAUUGCAAUACAACUCCAGCGGUGGCGUCCAUCGGUCAGUUGUCCUCUUCCGGUGUGACUGGUUUGACCUUGGUGGUAGGAAACCCGGAUUCGACGAUUAUGCACACUUCACAAGUGUUAACAUAGAAAAUUUUUGGUACAAGAAUGAUCCUUUCAUUCUGACAUCACAAGCAAGCAAGGUCUUUUAUGUGCCAGACACUUACUUGAAAGGAAAAUGGCAAGUGGUGCAGAAAUUUCACCAUAGACAUCUAUGGAGUGUAACUGAAAAUGAACAGGGACCCGGUGUUGCUGGACUGUCAUAUCUAGAUGAAGAUUCCAGGCAAGUUCCUGUGCAAGAAAAAGAAGGCACUGCACAAAGUAGGACUAGAAGUGAUCAGGGACGUGUGCAAAAGCAAUUGUGGACAAACUGA